UAUUCGAAAAGUUGAAAAACAAUCUACAAUAAACUGAAAGUUCAGAUGUUACUGAACGAAUGUGUGAAAGUAUGCUGAUGUUCUAUAUUCUUCACUGACGGUCCCUGAACAUUUACGAUCAUUGCCUCUAAACCUAAACAGCCGAAGCCGGAUGCUGCUGCCUGUCGGAUGUCGGAUCACACUUCAUCGAGCUAGGUUCCAAUGCAAAAUUUUUAUCUCCAAGAGUUUUGAAUUUAUUGGAAAAUAGACAUAAGUCAACGCCCACAAUCUAUUGUGAUUUCGGGCUCUGAAGCCACACAUGCAAGAUGAGAGGCUUAAACUUCGGCCGGAAUGUGCUCAAACUUAGCCCAAGGAUCGCCUCUGAUCAGUAAAAUGAUGUAAGUUUACCUCUCCCUUUUAUUCGGUUGUCAUUCUACAUCAAAUGGAUGCAUUACUGGAAGUAGCAAGCGGUCCAUCAGAGAUUGCGAUGGACCAUGAAGAGUCUUCAAGCGCAGCUCAGCAAACUGAAAGUCUCGACCCAGUUGAACAGUUGUCUUCUCUGAGCAAGAUUUCAGCUGAUAUCAACACGUCAGAAUCUGAAGAGGGAACUAGCAGGAAGAAACCAAGAAAUGAUUCUGGUGAGACUGAUGAUGUAGCAUCAUCUAAUUUAGUAGAGGAAAUCGAAGUUGAUCUGAUUGCAUAUGAAAAGCUUAUGGAAGUUGAUGAAACAAAGUCAAAAACAGAUGCAGCUGGAGUAGAGGCAAGCUCAGUCACAGAGGAAGUUGCAGCAGAAACAGAUUCUGUAAGCUCCGAUGCGUCAAAGGAUGCAUCAAUAUCAGUGUCAGGUUCAGACACAAGAAAAGCUGAAGCCUUCUCUAAUUUGCAGAGUAUUCUAGCUAGUGCCAAAAAAAAAAUAACAAUAUCUAACCAGGUUGGAGGCAGCUCUAAAAGUCAAAAUUCAGCCAAUGCAUCCUUGAAAAGUGUAUCCGUAGCAAAUAGUCCUGUAAUUAUAGAUUUAGAAAAAGAAAACUCGGAACAAGGUUCAAAUCCUCAGUCAGGCAAAUCUAGUAUAACAGUAAAACAGGCCCCGAAGUCAAAACCACCAACAAUUCUCUCCAGAAAAGUGCUGCUACCAAAUUCAACCUCAAGCGUAGGAAAACUUAUGAAUAUUCAAAUUUUGAACAAAGAUCAAGGCGCAGGUAAGAACGUAUCCAAUUCCCCAUCUCCCAGCACAACUCCAAUGAAAAGUCCAACAAAAAAAAUGCCGUUGCUUCUGCCCAAACCCACAGAGUCAUCACCAGGUCUACAAAAAAUUGUCGUUCCCAAGAACUUUGUUUUAGUUCAAACAGAGAAAGGUCUUGUGUUAAUGCGUAGUGAUGGGGUCCCGGAAGGAGCUGUCAGGGCAACUACAGCACAGUCCAAUAGAGUUAUCAAUUUCACAAAGCACGUCAGUGUUUCAAACACGCCCAUUGCUAAAAGUGUAGGUAUUACCAAUUCACCCAUGAUCUCAAAAUCAACUUGGGGCGCCCCAAAAACCACCUCUGCAUCUCAUGGUAAUGCCUCAGCUACACCCCUCUCAUCGUUAAAAAUGUCUCCGCUAGUGUUCAGCUCCACCUCAGGUGGGACUAUUUCUGACGGAACAGGAUUGAAGAUGCGUGUAACCACCGCAAAAGUGUAUAAAUCGAAACCACUUCUUCAACCCUUGGAACCAACUAGGAAAGAGUUACUGAAGGUCACUGAUGGAUGUGCACAUCCAGUCUGCACUCAAUACCGCGAAAGAAUUAUGGAAGAGUUGAGGACAAAAAUACGGACCAGAGACCGCAAAUUAAAGAGCACAAGAAUGGGCAAAGAGCGUUCAGUCAAAAGAGCUGCAAGAGAGUUGCAAACAGUCAAAGAUUUGCAGCGGCAGAAAUCACUGUAUGUAGAAUUAGAGUCUUUCCCUGAAAGCUUAUGUAAAAAUCUCAUACGGUUUCAAUUGAGACCCAAUGAAGGUGUGCGAGCUAAGCGCCAGUAUCAAGAAGAGGUCAAUGGGUUUGCUAGACGAUUGCAUUCUAUAUCUCCCAAAGCAUAUGACAUAGUGAAAGAUGUUUUUAACAAAGUACUACCUGAGGCCAAGUCUAUCGACUCAUGGAGCUUUGGUGAAACUGAAAUUCCAGUUCCAGAAAAUUCUCAGCCUGAAAAAGCAGUCAAUUCAGGUGAAGAUGCUGGGUCAGAUUCAGAUUCGGAGGGCGAUAACGAGAUGGGUGAAGAAGGUUCUUGAGCCUAUUGAGAAUUUAUGAAUAAUUAAAUUUAUGAAAUAGCAAGAAGAGGACCAGGCAGAUUGAGUCCUUACAAUAAUCUUUUGGAGACCAACAGUUGAACGCAACCAUGGACUACAAUUUCUUCUUUUACGGUAAUAAUAUGUAUACUGCAAUAGAUUAUAUCAGUCACAUCAUAUUGUGUUAGUUUUCUCUUAAAAUAUGGUAAACCAUAGCUACAAUACUUGAGCAAAGUAUGGAUUUAUUACUUCUGUUUAGUAAAGAGUCUAAAUCUAAUUAUAGCAUCUCCUGAAUUCUAACAUCAACUCUGGCUCUAAUUACAAACUAAUUUGAGAUGGGAGUUUAUCAAUGUGCCAAAUUUUAUUUUCAAUGAAAUAGGGCAUAGAUUUCUUUUAAACAAAGGCAGGUGGCGCUGUCUUUUUUAUCUCAAGACUCUCUGUGUCAGUUGACUCAUCCUGUAGCAUGUAUGAUCAGGAGCAAUUCUACAUCUUGAAAGAAGUUCUUUACAGGACAUUCAUUCACCAGCUCUUAGGAAGGAAUGUCCUUCCAAAAUUUUUAAAAAGACACUUUUUUUUCUUUUUUCUCUCCUUUUUUACUCUUUACUUGUGUCUGCGAUUUUAAUGCUGACGGAAACUGGCCGUACGGUUGUUGUACAGGACCCCUUGUUGUUUGGUCAAAAGUUUCUGCACCCCUGAACAUUUGAUUCAAAGCGUUAACAGAGGAUCAGUUAUUUCAGAGGGAUGUCUUUUGUAAUCUAUAGAUAGUUCCCUGUAGGAAGAUAAAAAUGGAUGUUUACUCAGAAAGAGAGACUCAGAAAUGACCACCUCCGAUUUUGAUUUGCUUUGCAGCAUUAAUUAUUAGUUCAAGGACAGCUGAACAAUGGACAUUUUUCAGUUUUUGCGGAUGGAACCCCUCAGCCCCUUAUAAAUAUUUUAAAAUUGGAAGCAGCCAUAAUAACAAGCAGCUAGCCAGGAAUACAAAUCUGCAACUUUUCUGGUCUGAAAGGAGUACCAAUCCAUUGCAUCACCACUGAACAAUAUGCAGACAGCUGACCGUUUUCCUCACUCCGCAGACAACCAUUGAGGGGCAUUCGUAAGACAAAUUUUGAGGAGUUUUAGGGGCCCGUUUAGCGGCUUUUCUAUCUGCUGUUAACUAUUCAUAACCACAGACAGUAUCAAAAUCGGAGGUGUCCAUCACUGAGCCUUUCUUUGUUUUUAAAAAAUUGGAACAUAGAUUAUACUUUGUUGUUGCCUAGGUUUGUAGAAAAAAAGUGUUCAUUGGGAUAGUUCCACUGCCAUACUUACAUCAUGUCAGAUCCUUUUGAGUUGUAACAGUAAAAUUGUACAUUGUUAUGAUGUUUUUAAGCAAAGAAUUGAGUGGAGUAAAAAAUAAUUGCAGCUUGAAUGAAGUGGUAUUAGCAAUAAGUUGAAACCAUAGUGAGGGAAUCCAGAAUUUAAGAGGAUACUGCUAUAAAAUUUUAAAGAAAAUGAUUAUUCAUAAUCAUACUGCUUCAAUCAUAACUUUUUCGAUAAAUGUAUUUACCAAAGGAAAUACCUUAUUUUUAAUAUAUGUAUCUCUAUUUUUUGCUGAACAUUUGAGAACCAUAAAAAAUUCAGCGAAUCUUCUUGUGCACCUCUAAAUCAAAUUCAUCAACCCUGUUCAGAGAGCAGGUUUCUGAACAGUUUCAUCUAGAAUUUUUUUAAAUUAUUUAGAUAUCUUAAGGACUAGUUUCCCUAUUCAUUUAUAUUUUUUCUCUCCUUUUGAUUGCCUAUUUCUUCUCCAGAAAAAUGUGUUACUACAGUCCUAAAGACAAAGAGUUUUAAUUCAUGUACUUGAACAUCCUCUCAGGAUUAUUCAAUGUUCUCUGAACCAACAUUAAAUUCAGACAUAAUAUCAAUUACUUACCCAUUGAUUUUUUCACUUUCAUAUAUAAAUAAGAUUAACAGUCAAUGCUGAAGAGGCAUGAGAAGAAAAAAAUAAACAAUGAAUUCUCAUUCUUGAAUUCUCCUAAUUGUAUUUUUAUAACUCAAAAUUAUGUGGAGAAAAGGUAAUAAAAUAUUUUGUUUUGAAAAUA